AUGGAAUUGAUUGAUUUUGAUUCUGUUCCCUCUGGGAUUCGUAAAGAAGUUCAGAAAUAUUCGAACGAUGAACUCAAAACAGUUCCGAAGGAGUUUGUUUGCGACUAUUUAUCUGAGCAGAUCGAAGAAAUUAAGCAAUUAGCAUCAGAAAAUGUUGAUGAUACUUACACUCAGUUUGAACAGCUUGUACUUAUGGGAUUAAGUGAUCGUGAUAAUAGUGUUUUAUACAAGAAAAACCUUAUAGAAGCUUAUUUACAGAUUUUAGUAGAAAUUUCGAAGUUCAUUUUGCAUCACCAUGAACCAGAAUUCUACAAGACAUUUAACCACUCCCUUGGAGUAUUAACAAUCGCCUAUGACAAAGGCUUGCCAACUUUUUGUCUUGGCACAAUUUGCAAUUUAAUCGCUGUCUCUUCGAAGAUGUACGAAGGUAUGGAUGAAAUCAUAUAUUCCAAUAUAUUACGAGAGAUUAAUAACUACUAUAACGCUCAAUUUUGGGGCGCAUUAAUUACUGACGUCAAAUCUUUAAGUUCCGGCUUUAAUUUUCUUGCUCAAAACUAUUCCAAGUUGCCUGAACAGACGUUUACUCAAUUUAUUUACGAGUUAGAAUACGCCAUUUUUAGAUUAUACGGAGAAAAUUCGGAGAUUUUCAAAUACGAUUUAGAUGCAGCUACGUUACUUUUCAUGUCAUCAAACAGUUGGAAAAACAAAUAUACGCCACUUGCGAAAGUCGUUUUAACUCUUUGUAUUCCAGAAAAAAUGAAUAAAGGAAAUUAUUCACAAGUUUACAAAGAUAUCAAAAGCAACAUCGAGAAGAAGCAGAACGUACUCUUACAAGCAAGAUUUAUUCAGCCGCUUUGCAAAAUCAUUGCCCUUAUAAAAGGAACAAAUAAAACGAUGAUUGACACAUUUAACGAAACAACUCCUAUGCUUGUUGACAACAUGAUCAACAGUCUACCUAAAAUUACAGCCGAAAGUCUUUUAUACAUCUUACUCGCUUUAUUUUACGCGAAAUCACCAAAAUUUGACAAACUCGUUCAGAAAAUACAAGAAGACAUAACUCUUUGGUCAAUAUUACCACAGUUCGUUGAAAAUGUCCGAGAUAUCGAUUCACCACAAGUUUACAACUUAAUCAAGUUCUGUCUUCAAUGUGACAUGGUCGAAAUGUACCAAUACUUCGACGCUUACCCUAAGUUCUUCGCCAACUUCAUGGUGGCCGAUUCUGCUAACGUUGACAUUAUUUUCAAAAAAUUAAUGGAGACUAACAACAUUGAUUUGAUCUCGGCCAUCGCUAAAUUCUUUACAGUCAUAUCAAGCGAUAUUCGCGUUCUCAGAGCUUUCGAUUUUAUCAGAUUAAUUCUACAGUUAGGUCAAAAACUUAUUUUAUCGGAAGAACCUCAUCCUCACGUCAAAAUCACUUACGCUAUGUAUUCCAUUACGGAUUACACACUCCGAGUUGCAAAAGUUGAACCUACGUGGGCAAUAAUUCCAAAAAUUGUCCAGACAGCAGAAGCCGGUGCUUACUUAGCACUAAGCUCAACAGAUGAUGAUGACAUUAGAUACGGCUACCAGAUUUUGUGCAAAAUUGCUCAAAUUGGGGAGAUUGCCAAAAUUAAUGUUGAACUAGCCUACAAAGAGCUUAACGAUAUCCUUAAAACGCCUAAGCCCGGUCCAUUAUAUUCAUAUCUACAGCUGUUAUUGCCAUUCUCUAAGGUUACUCAUAUUUCUCCAACAGUUUCUAAGGUUAUUACCUAUAUUUUCUACACCUUGGACAAGUACAAAGCAAUUAUAUUGAGUUCCUUUGAGAAUCAGGACCAAACAGACUUAACACAAUUCCAAUUUGCUUGGACAAGCUGUUUGUGUGGUAUUUCGUUACUCGAUUCGUGCUUAUCAGACCAGAUUAUUAAUCUUCAGCGGGAAGUUAUGAAGAUUAAUACACAACUUGCCCGAAAAUUUGUCACACAAUUGUCUUAUAUCAUUCAUCCAAGGCAUCUUACAGUUUUAUUGCAGAAAUCCCUUGAUAGAUCCACGCAGGUUGACUUUUCUAACCCAGAAGUCAUCACAAUUACGUUAAAUAUUUUAACAAUCCUCCGAAAUCUGUUCGAUCAUCCGAAAACCAAAGAGAUCGACUAUCCAUUGUUGGAAUCCUUCAUCUCCAGAGCCAUAAAAAUCGCUCAUGUCUCAUCAAACGUUUCAUUAACAUUCACAUUGUGCCAAGUUACGCAAAGAGUUGAUUUAUCUAACUUCGAUGAAGCUCUUCGUACAUCAUUUAUCCAGAGUUUAGUGUUCUGGAUCUCCCAAACAAUGAUCCAAGAGAACGAACUUAAUACAGACGCGUUAAUUACAAUUUUAGUUACAACAUUGAUCAAAUUGGUCGAUGGCAUUGUUCUUAAGAGGGAAUUAUUGCGAAGUCUGUUAUCUGCUCUUGUUCUUUUGAUCAAAAAACGACCAGAAACAGCAAUUCUCGUUCAAGAAUGUUAUAUGAACAUUUACAAAGAGAAUUCUAAGGCACUUGUUGAAGACACAUAUAUCUUGAGUUUCAAUCCUAAUGAUUCAUGCAGAAUGACAUUCAUUGACUCAUUGUUACAAAGUUAUGAAAAGUUCGAAUUUGAAAAAAGUAACGAUUCAUUGAUUGACGACUUUUUCAAAGACGAAUUCAUUGAAACAUUCUCCGAGACAUGUCCACAGAACAUGCUUGAACCAAUCUCUUUGUUGUUCACACAAUCUGCGAUUGUCAGAAACUAUUCUAAGAAAUACAUCGAAAGGAUGGUUAAACUUGAACUUAAAAACACAGAAGAAAACAACAAAAACAUGAUUUUACGAGGUAACGGCAUUUCAUCUCGAUCUAUCACAUACUUCGCUAAAUACUACGGUCAAGAAUGGGUCUUAAAAAUGUUCAAAGAUCCAGUCGAAAGAUAUCUCGAAAGAAUCAAAAAAGGUGACAAUUUUGAGAUCAAUCCUGCCAAAGGUGAAGUGAACACAGAUAAUUUUCUUUCGUUCCUUGAAGACAUUGUCAGUAAAAUUGACAAAAUGUUCGAGAAUCCACCAGAAGAAAUUGUUUUCCUUAUGCGAUUGAUUUACAAAUCUGUUGCUAAUCUUUUUGACAACGAAUUUGGAUUUACAAUUGCACAUGGAUUUCUUUUCUUGAGGUUGAUCUUACCUACAUUGAGUAUCCCAGACUCAUUCGGUAAAGACAUCAAGCAAUCACAUAAAGAUCCGAUCUUAAACGCAUCAGUUGUUAUCAUGGCAGCAAUCAACAAAGGAUAUUUGAACGAAAAGAAACCAUUUUAUCAUGUUUUCAAUGAUUUCGGAAUGAAAACAAGAACUAAAUACAUCAACACAAUGAAGAAUAUCCUUGAAAGUGAUAAGAUCAAGUAUGGCGAAUACACAAAUCAAGCAUUAAGUGUUGGAAUGCUUGAGAACAGAUUGAUUUCACAUUUGGCACCUGUUUUACAAACAUACAAAGAAGACUUUUGUAAAAUCGAGACAAAUGGUCGAUUGGUCAAAGCAUUCACAGAAUACAACAAAUACCACAAUGGACAUCCAAGUUCUAUGAAUGUCAAUGCACUGAAACAACAAUCACCAGAAAUUAAUGAAGUUGUUAAAUCAAAUGUUCCUGCACAAAUCGCUAUGAUGAUGGCUAAUACAUUGUUCAGAGUUAACCAGAACUUGAUUGUCUUCAAAGCUAUCAAUCUUCCUGCAGUCCAGAUUCCACAGGCAUUCCAGAAAGAAAUGAUCGCAUUGGCAUCAGAACAGAAAGAAGAUUUAUCCGUUAUUAUGGAUUUCACAGGUUAUUCAGAUAAAGAUUUCGACAUCGGAAACAACGUUCAUGUUUUAGUUGAUGCAUUACCACAUAUCACAGAUUUAGUUAAAGAACUGAUUAUAUUGAACGGCUCCGAAACUAUCUAUGAUAAAUUCGAUACAACUCCUAUCCGUAAAAAAGUCAUUUCUGCUGAGAAAUAUCCAGAAUUCGACUUGAAAUUUGCCGCAGCUUCUAAAUGUAUCCAUGAACGAAUCAACGCCGCAUUGAUGUCCAUUCCUUUCAAUCACAAUGGAUCUCAACACACAUGCAAUUUGAUGAAGAACUGCAUCAUCGUUUCUCAUAACUAUGGAUCUCGAAUUGCAGUUGAUUAUUUCCCUCACGAAGAAAUCGAUACAUUCAGAAUGGAACAAAACGGAUUCACAUUUUCAUCUAAUAAACUUCAGUACACUAUCAAUUGCAGUGAUCAGAACUUUGCUAGUGUUGCACAGUUGACAAUCAUCAACACGCAGAGAAUCAAGACUAUAUACAUGAACCCAGCGAACAGAUCAUGUUUAAUUUAUAUUUGUCGCUUAGUCAAAGGUCAAAACGACGUUCAAAUCGAAGAGAAAGAUAAACAAGACAUUCUUGAUGAACUCGUCAAUCUCCUUGCAUUCGGAUACAAAGACGUUAUGAGGAAAUUAGUACAUGAUGUUGAACCUUACUUAGAUACAACUGAUAAACAAGUCAAUGUGAUGUAUUCUUACUUGAAAUCAAAGAUGGUUUAA